GAUCGAGCAGCUGAAGCGGUGCGAGCCGCUGAAGGAGUCGGAGGUCAAGGCGCUGUGCCUUAAGGCCAUCGAAAUCCUCGUCGAGGAGAGCAACGUCCAAAGGGUGGACGCCCCCGUCACCGCAUUGAAUUGCACAAAAUUAAGGGAAGGAUGAUAUUUUCUUGCAAAUGACGUAGAAAUUGCUCUCUUGAGUGGUGAACUAGCAAAGGUUAGUAUUACUUGCUAAAUUUUAUGUUGAUGUGAAUGCCAGAAGAUAAUGAUAAAGUCAGUAGAACUAAAGAUCAAAAAAAAAAUUUGCCUUACAAUGAUGAUUAAGUUGAACUAACAGUAAAAUAUCGUGUAAAUGCAUAUAUAUGAGACAUGUCAGAUGCAAUAUAUCAUGUACUUAGUUGAAUUACCUAAACCAUGAAGGACCCAAGUGAUAGCUCACUUGCUGCUUUCAAAGGAUCAACCAAAUUGGAACCUCAUUCCGUCCAGAAAGGACCUACACAGAAAUAAUAUGUGUCAGUCGAAGAAGCGUAUGAUAGGUAAAAUGUUGUUGCCGCUCUGGAAAGAGACCAAACAAGGAAAGGUACAAGCUUAGAACUUUGUUAGCACAGAAGGGUCCUAAUCUUUUUUAAGUUACCUUUAUUGUGCUUUUAAUUAAGGUGUGCUAUAUUUACUUGUGGCCACUCUAUCUAUUCUGUUCUUCAUACAUACAAAUUUGUGGUGAGAAUCUAUCCAAAUAACUAUAAAUAAUUUAACUAAAUAUAUUACUUUUAUAAAACUUAAUGAUGAUAAAAGAUCAAUGUGGCUGACCUUAAAGCAUUAUGACUUAUUGUUGUUGUCAAUUUGCGCAAAUAUCAUUGCACUUUCUAGCGACAAAGUUGAGGGUCAAAUUUAAUGCAGAAGUUAUUUGGUUGUCAAGAAAUUUAGCAUUUUGGUUUUCCUUUCCAACAUCUAAUAUUUCAUAGUGGUAACACUGUCAUAAGUUUUCUAAGUAUUUGAGAACAAAUAAAUACCUUUAGUAUGUUCAAGGGAUACUUAUUAGAUAAAUCUUUGGGAAACCUUUUUUUUUUUCUUCUACUUGAAGUUGAUCUAAUAUGGACUGUGUAUAUUUCAUUGUUAGAUAUGUUAAUUUGUGACAUUUGUAUUGAGCAUCAGCUGAAAAAGAAAAAGGCUCAGUGGGAUGUGACUGAGGAAAUGCACUGGAGAUAUGUGGUGACAUUCACGGGCAGUUCUAUGACAUGAAAGAAUUAUUUAAGGUUGGCGGCGAAUGUCCAAAGACCAAUUACUUGUUUUUAGGUGAUUUUGUUGAUCGUGGGUUUUAUUCAGUUGAAACCUUCCUGCUGCUGCUUGCGUUGAAGGUGAGGUAUCCAGACCGCAUAACACUUAUUCGAGGAAACCAUGAAAGCCGGCAGAUUACACAGGUAUAUGGAUUCAACGAUGAGUGCCUCCGUAAGUAUGGAUCAGUAAACGUAUGGCGAUAUUGCACGGAUAUUUUUGACUACUUAAGUCUGUCAGCACUUAUUGAAAACAAAAUCUUUAGUGUCCAUGGAGGUCUUUCUCCUGCUAUAACAACUUUAGACCAGAUCCGAACAAUAGAUCGUAAGCAAGAGGUUCCUCAUGAUGGAGGCAUGUGUGAUCUUCUAUGGUCAGAUCCAGAAGAUGCUGUUGAUGGCUGGGGUAUAAGUCCCAGGGGUGCAGGCUAUUUGUUCGGAGGGAAUGUUGUUAUGUCCUUUAAUCAUUCAAAUAAUAUCGAUUACAUAUGUCGUGCACAUCAGUUGGUUAUGGAAGGAUACAAAUGGAUGUUUAACAACCAGAUUAUAACUGUCUGGUCUGCUCCUAAUUACUGUUACAGGUGUGGUAAUGUGGCAGCUAUACUUCAGCUGGACGAGGGCCUGAAUAAGCAGUUCCAAGUAUUUGAAGCUGCACCACAUGAAUCAAGAGGGAUUCCUUCCAAAAAGCCACCUCCAGAUUACUUCCUCUGAGAGCAAGCUUGAGACCUUUGCUUCUGCCUCUGUUUGAAGUCGCGGCAAACUCAUCAGAUUUUUUUCCCCAUGCUGAGGUGGGCUUACUCUGUCUGGUCCUUGUUGCAAUGUACAUGUCGGUUCCAAUAUCCGAGGGUCAGGUUAGUACUGUUGUAGUUGCAAAUAUGUACACAACUAUACAAACAAUUUUUGCACUACCUACACAAAAUGUUGAAGGAAUAAAUGGGAAUUCUUUGGGACGGUGCCAAACAAACAGUGCUGUCUGUCGACUGUGGGAAUCUCUAAGUUUUGAUACUUACAAUGCCUGAUAUGCCAAAAUGAUGGGCAAGUGAAUGAACUUUUGAAGCACCGGGUUGGAAGACCAUUGUCAAUGGAGAAUCACGGGAAGCCGGGACACACAGCUUGAGGUUAUUGUUACAGAGAAAAGGAUCACCCUUUAUUCAGUUUGUACAAGGCUUUUACCAUGUCAAUCAUCACAUUGGCACCUUGGAAGCCCCAUUUAGCAUUCCUUCUCUCUGCGACUAAGAUGUAUCAAAUGCUGAAUUCUAAUUUUGUCUUCUUUAGGUGAAUAAUACAAUUCGACGAAAUAUGACUUCAGAAACACACAAAAGUAGUAUAUCAAUUUCCUUUACCGA